AACGCGGCCAGGGGUUGAGGGUGGACCGUACUCAGUCAGUGUGUGAUAUAACGCCGCCCCUAACACAGAACUUGGAUAACGUUAAGAUUCGUAAUGUGGAUGGGGCGUAAUGGUGAAUGGCCCCUUUAUUAGAGUGAUCAUCUUGGCCAGUCUGUUUCGACACUCCAGCCCCGCCAGUAGGGAGGUUCACCCCCAAGAGAACGAGACUGACGACGAUUCUGACGCCGGUGUGACCUGUUACACUUGUGUGAACGUGUCAGACAACUCCAUGUGCAACGAAUUUGCCAUCGACCAUCCCUGUCCAAAAGGGGAGAACUUCUGCCACACCUUACACAUAAUGGACUCUAGAGGAGCCAGUGUCGUUGUCAACAAAAAAUGUGCAGACAGCUCAGAAUGUUGGCCGCAGGGAGUAGGCUGUGUCAACAUUGACUCUCAGACGGUUUGCGUAUCAUGUUGUGACGAGAUGUACUGCAACGUCACUGUUCCAACCAAUAAAACAACCGCUACUUUCUCCAGUACCCGGAAGAAUAAGAAGAAGAAGCAGUACACAGUGUUGUCGAAUACCCGCGCAAGCUGCACAACAGAGCAGCCAAGCUACCUGACAAUGACUUUAGUGUAUUUGGUGACCUCACUAAAACUCUGCACAUUAUAGACGAUCAGCUGUGAUUAGUGCAAUAUUUGUGGUCAUGUUCAUAAGUGUCAGUGCGUUAAAGAAGUCAUUGCAACCGAUUUAAUACAGGUAAAAUAGGGUCAAAUGUAUAAGAUUUGGAUGGUGGAACGUUGUGCUACAAAAACUUUGGCAUAUCUGUAAAACAGUAUUAUUAAUCGUAAGUAAUUUUUAGGUCCCCAACAGAGAAUGAAUAAAAAAUUGGUAUAUUGCUAAAAAUAUAUUGUCAUUUGCAGUUUCAUGAUUUCUCUCAAAAUACCGAAGCAUUAUAAGUUUUGUUUAAAUUAUUUAAUGUAAGGAAUUUCACACUCAUAAAUCUUUUUAUUCGUAUUCAAACACGAACAAGUUGUUAGCAAGAUUUAAAUUUGUGUUCAUAGAAAUGCAAGAUGUAUCAUAAUACAUUGGUUUUACACAUUUCAUGUCUGAGAUUUGUUAAGAGAGCAGACUAAUUCAAAACGGCAUAGCUUUUUAGUAAUCUUUAUAAGAGGACCGUGUACAUAUUUAAGUUAUUGACUGACUUAACUGUAUUUGUCAAGUUUUACUGUCAUUGAAUCAAGAGUUCACGUAUUUUACAAUAUGUAUUUGGAGACUAUACCGGUUAAAAGAAUCUCUUGGCUAUCCAAAUAUGGGUAAAGUAGAAUUCAAAGCACCCCUAGAUACAUAUUACCAACGCAUAAGUAUAUUAUGUUAUUUCCUAAAGAACUAGAAGGAUUUUGAUAGUUUAUUCCUUCCUUUUAUCAUCAGAGCUUGUUGAAAUAAAUUUAUGUCAUAAUAUCAUUUUUCACACAUUAUGUUUGCACAUCUUGACUGAACUCCUUUUAUGAAAAAUAACUGAUUCAGCAGCAACAUUGUGCCGUAAUAAAUAAACGAGUUAAAAAGAAA